UCCCAAACGGCCAAACAGACCCUAAUUUGUGAGUUUGGCAUUCAACCGCCAUGUCUUUUUCAAAACCCUAAACCCUUCUGAUUGAUUGUAUUGAUUCUUACCUUCCAUUCCAAAAUCCUCAAACCCCUCUUCUUUACGAAGCGUUAAACUAUCCCUCUCAACCCCAUGGUGAUACCCCUUUAAGGCUUUAAUUAUUCUGUACCUUAACACUAGAGGAUCUUCAUCUAUUCAUAGAAUCGUAGCAGAUAAUCAGAAGCUCGAUGAGGAGACCCAAAUCGAAGAAGGCGAAGGCGUUCUUUCGCAAGCAAAGUCGUCUCUCGGAGGUUCAGGAAAUCGAGCUCCUCGAGUCAUGGAUCGAAUCCGGAAAACCCGAUUCAGGUUUGAAUCCUCUGUCAAUCUCACCAUUGCCAGUCGACGAUCCGGUUGGUCGCAUCGGUGAGAAUUCCUUCUCCCGUUACAUUGGAUGCGAGCGGUUCCAUCAACUGCCUGUGUCUCAGAAAACGAAGGAUGGGUUGCGUGAAGCGGGGUUUACAACUAUGUCUGAUAUUCAGCGAGCUUCAUUGCCGCAUUCGUUAUGUGGGCGCGACAUCCUAGGUGCUGCAAAGACCGGGUCGGGUAAGACUCUCGCAUUUCUCAUACCGGUUUUGGAGAAGUUAUACAGGGCAAGAUGGGGUACUGAGGAUGGAGUAGGCAGCAUCAUAAUAUCCCCAACAAGAGAAUUAGCAGGUCAAACCUUUGAAGUAUUAAAAACCGUAGGAAAGCACCAUGGUUUCAGUGCAGGCCUCUUAAUUGGUGGUCGUAAAGAUGUUGACACUGAGAAGGAGAGUGUCAAUGAUCUUAACAUAUUAGUAUGCACUCCUGGUCGACUUCUUCAGCACAUGGAUGAGACUCCAAAUUUUGAAUGUUCACAGCUCCAGGUUUUGGUGCUUGAUGAGGCCGACCGGAUUCUUGAUGUGGGAUUUAAGAAGGCUUUAAAUGCAAUUAUUUCACAGCUACCAAACCAGAGGCAGACCUUGCUGUUUUCAGCAACACAAACAAAAUCAAUUCAGGAUCUUGCUAGGCUAAGUUUGAAGGACCCGGAGUACCUAAGUGUGCAUGAGGAGUCUGUGGCAGCCACUCCUGAUCGCUUACGUCAAAUUGCAAUGAUUGUUCCUCUUGACCAGAAGUUGGACAUGCUCUGGAGCUUCAUAAAAGCGCAUCUUACCUCAAAGAUUCUUGUGUUUCUUUCAAGCUGCAAGCAGGUAAAAUUUGUAUUUGAGGCAUUUAAGAAACUACGUCCUGGAAUCCCUUUGAAGUGUCUGUAUGGGCGGAUGAAGCUGGAAAGGAGAAUGGGGAUAUACUCUCAAUUCUGUGAACAAAGAUCAGUUCUUUUUUCUACUGAUGUGGCAUCAAGGGGCCUUGAUUUUGAUAAGGCAGUUGACUGGGUCGUUCAGGUGGACUGUCCAGAAGAUGUUGCAACUUACAUUCACAGGGUUGGUCGUGCUGCCCGUUUUGGGGCUAGUGGUCAGUCAGUCUUAUUUCUGGCGCCCUCAGAAAUAGAAAUGCUGGCAAAAUUGCAAGCGCAAAAAAUACCUAUACACACUAUUAAGGCAAACACAAAAAGAUUGCAACCAGUUACAGGAUUGUUAGCAGCAAUGCUAGUAAAGUAUCCAGAUAUGCAGUACCUAGCUCAAAGGGCUUUCACCACAUAUUUGAAGUCUAUAUACCUUCAGCGAGAUAAAGAAGUUUUUGAUGUGACGAAAUUACCUAUUGAAGAGUUCUCUGCAUCAUUGGGUCUGCCCAUGACCCCCAAAAUCCGUUUUCUGAAUCAGAAAAGCAAGUGCAGAAAGGAGCCCAGUGAAGGUCAUCCUCUUCAACAACAGAAUGAUAGUGAGGAUGAGAUGGUGAAAAUCCGAAAGAAAAAGUUGGAUGUUAGUAAAUCCAAGGAAGAAGUGGAAGAUGGUUUCCUUUUAGAUAAGGAGGAGACCCCACUAGAAGAGGGAGGAAAUGAUGCUUCCAUACCAGCAACAAGGAUUCUGAAGAAGAAGAAGCUGAAGAUAAACAUACAUAGACCCGUUGGGACAAGGGUCGUUUUUGAUGAGGAAGGCAAUACACUUCCCCCGCUUGCAACAUUAGCUGACACAAACAGUGGAGAUGGCGUGCUUCAGCUAGACAAAGUAAAAGAACGGUAUGAGAAAAUGAAAGAAGAGAUGAGGCGGCAGGACAAGGAGGACAAGCUUCUGCACCGCCAACGUCUUCGAGAAAAGCGAAUUAAGGAGAAGAUGAAACUGAAAAGAGGGAGAGCAGAAGAAGAAGAUGAUGAUGUGGAUGAUGAGGAUAUUACUAGGUCCGAUGGAGAAGAAACUGGUGAUAAGACAACCAAAAGAUCAAAAAUAUAUUUCGACAGUGACAGUGAUAUUGAAGAGAAGAAAGGAAAGAACAGAUUGGGUAUCCAUGCUGAUUCCAUUUCACUAGCAGAGCAAGAGGCCCUGGCUCUUAAAUUAUUGAGUUCUAUGCAUUCAUAAGUUACAAAAGUUAAAAUACUGGCUUUAGGUUGCAGCUUGUGGAAUGUGCAUCACUGUCCACAAUUAAUUUUACUAUGCAGUGGAGCAUUUGUUUAUAGAAGUAUAGAACAUAUAGUCUUUACUUUUCCGUUGCUAAAUUUUGGAUAUGGAGAAAAUUAUGCUUCUGAGCCAGGAUAUUAGAAAUUACUUGAAAGAAACAUAAUUGUGUACAAGUACACCUUAAAGGUAGCAGUUCCAUUUUUUUGCUUUCGGGUUGAUCGUUAGGGCCUGUUUUUUUCUUCUUAGAGGAAUCUUUUAACUUUAUGAUAAAAAUGAGUAUUCAUUUCUUCUCA